AUGACGAGCAAGGAUAUUGGUUGGGAACAUGGUAAACCCGUGGGAGGGAAUAGAAAAAUUGUGAGAUGCAAUUAUUGUGGAAAAAUAAUGCAUGGUGGCAUUACAAGGUUGAAAGAACAUGUCGGUCAUGUCAUAGGACAAGUUGAGCCUUGUCCAAGGGCCUCAAGUGAAGUUAGAGAUUUAAUGAAAAUGCAUCUAAAGAUUGGUAAGAUUCAAAGAGCUACAAUAAAACAGAAAAAAGAAGAAAUAUUGAAUUCUUUCCAACAAGAAAGUAUGCAUGGUAAUUUCAACAUGGUUGGCGACGAGGAGGACGAAGCCUUUUUUGAAAUUGAUGAAGAAAGUCGGAUGGCGUUGGAAAAAAAACAAAUGAAGCAAGCAAUUAGAGAGAGCCAAUACUUGCAAUUUUUAGACGAACAACGAAGGCAUUCGGUAUCUGGGAGUCGACCUUCUAUGUUUAUGUCAGGGAAUAUGGGUGUUGGCACUUCAAACCCAACGACUUCUGAAAAUAAAAGAGGAUUGUCACGUAAUUUCAGUGUCAGACAAGCAGAUGAAAUGACAAGCAGAGGAAUUGAAUCACAUAUGUUUCCUUCGAAACAAAAAUCAGUCAAAUUAAUGUUUGCGAAGGAAAAUAUAAAAAGAGUUGGUAAGGCAGUUUCAAAGUUUUUUCAUUUCAAUGCUAUACCAUUUCAUGCAGCUGACAAUCCUUAUUAUCAAUCGAUGAUUGAUGAAAUUGCCAAAGCUGGUUCUGGUAUUAAAGGCCCUUCAGCUUAUCAAAUUGGAAAUGAAUAUUUAGAUGAAGAAUUUGAAGAGCUUGAGAAAUAUCUUCGAGAUAUUUAUGAUAAAUUUUCAACUUUUGGUUGUACACUUAUGUGUGAUGGGUGGAGCACUCGUACAAAACAUCCAAUAAUAAAUUUUAUGGUAUACUGUGAUAGGCACAUGAUAUACCAUAGUUCAGUUGAUUGUACCAAUAUUAAGAAAACUGCUGAAUAUAUUUUCAAGUUAAUGGAUGAGGUAGUAGAGGUUGUGGGGGAAAAAAAUGUUGUGCAAGUUGUGACAGAUAGUGAAUCUAGUAUGAAAGCUGCUGGACAACUGUUGAUGAAAAAAAGAAAAAAUCUUUUCUGGUCACCUUGCGCUGCGCAUUGUAUAGAUUUGAUGUUGGAGGAUAUUGGCAAAAUGGAUAAUGUAAAAGAAACUAUUGCUCAGGGGAAGAAGAUAACAAAACUAAAAAGAAUGUGCACCUCAGAUGAAUGGGCAGAGUUUAAUAACACUACCAAGAGAAAAGCAGAAGCUAUUAAAGUAGCUGAGUUGAUAUUGUCAGAGAAGUUUUGGAAAAAAGUUAGAAAUGUGUGUGCAAUAAUGGAGCCUCUGGUCAAAGUUUUAAAAACUAUUGAUCAAGAUAAUAAGCCAACAUUGCCAAUUAUUUAUGAGGCAAUGGAUAGAGCAAAAAUGGCUAUUCAAAAGUCGGUGAAAUCUUGGAAAACAAUUUGGGAAGUGAUUGAUAAUAGAUGGUACAAUCAACUUCAUCGGGAUUUACAUGCGGCAGUUCGAAGAGGGUUAAAGAACGUCAUUGCAAAGUUGGAGCCAAAUUUAGAUGCACAAGUUGAUUCAAUAAAUGAGAUCAAAAUUUUUGCAGACAAAAAGGGAGGCUUUGGAAGUGCUAUUGCAGCAAGAGCAUUACCAAAAUCUUUACCAGCUGAAUGGUGGCUUAACUACGGUGAAGAUGCGCCAAAUUUAAGGAAUAUUGCAGUGAAAAUAUUGAGUCAAACCUGCACAUCCUCUGGUUGUGAGCGAAAUUGGAGUACAUGGUCAUUAAUUCAUACAAAACUACGCAACCGUUUGGCAGUUAAAAAAUUGCAUAAAUUAGUUUUUGUGCAUUACAAUAUGCGAUUGAAGGUGAAAAAUUUGAUGCAUCAAAGAGAUACUGAUGAUUUCUACAACCCAAUUGACUUGAAUCACAUUUUUCACCAAGAUGAUAUAUUGGAUGAUUGGAUAAGAGAAAAUGAACAACCCACAUUGCCUGAAGAUAAUCUGGAUUGGUUGGAUAAGGGCAUUCAUCAAACUGAAUCAGAAAGUAGUGAAUAUCAAGAACAUGACAAGGAUGGUUUUGGUGAUACAUUGUCCCAAUAUAUUACCAAAAGAAAUAAGAAAGGUCUUGCUGCAUCCUCAAGUAGGAAACAAAAAAGUAAGACUAAACAAACCAGUAAGCAGACUGUUCCGUCAUCUUCAAAUAAAAGUGACAGCAGUAAUGAUGAUGAUGACAAUGGUGACAAUGGAGAUGGAGGGAACAAUUCUUCCAGGCAUAGUGGUUACAAUCGAGAUAGCCAACAAGCAGGAGGUAUGUCAUGGGCUCAAGGACAAGAUAAUUAUUAUGCCACUCAAGAUACUGAUCAUGGCUAUCGUCCUGGUAUAGAAGCACAACGUCAAUUCCUCAAUGAUUUAACUCAAUUUUCAAGUGAGGAUACUUUCUCUCACCAUUCAGGUACUAGUCAAUUGGGAUAUGGCUAUGACCAAUCAUAUGGAAUCACUCCUGACUAUUACAGUGGAUAUCGGCCAUUUGACAGACCUGGACAGGUUGAAAGGUCUACUAGCAUUCAUGGUAGUGGAUACUAUGAAAAAGAAAUAGAUAAGUCUCAUGAUGGUUCUUCUUUUGAUUCCAAUAACAUUGGAUUUUAUGGUCAUGAUUCUACUGCAUCAUAUGGUACCAGCGAUAGUGUUAACUAUCGAGGAUUUGGAUACUACCAUCAACAAAUCAUCUCCAAUCCAGAAGUUCUUCCGUCCAAUGAUUAUGGAACAUCUAGUCAAUCCUCACAUCCAGUAAAUACACCAGAUAACUCGUUUACACUACCUACUCAAGGUCCUAUGCCACUUCCACAUCUGUUUUACCAUUCAUCGACCAAUCAGGAUGACUUUGAACCACAUCGUCAUUCUACUUGGUAUUAA